CGAGACGUAAAAUGUACUUGUCACCCGAAUGCUUGAACGAUCUUAGAUACCGUGUCUUUUGGGAGAGUACUGAUGAGCCAUCGCUUAAUAAGUUUUUGAAUUAUCGAAUACACGCGGAAGAUUUGAAAGAUGAGGUGGCGGAACAUAAUCAAUACAUAGGAGAACUAAAUUCUAUUAGCAAAUAUUAUCCCGAAAUGUCUGAAAUUGGAAAAAAGGUGAAAAAAUUUAAGCAAGAUUUCAAGAAUGAUAAAAACUCGCAACAGAUAAAUCAUUUUUGGGAUCUGCAAACGAAGAGACAAAAUAUUAUCACGGAGAUAAAGUUGCUUGAAGAAAGAAACAAGUUAAUUGAGAAGGAGCUGGAGAGUCAGAUUAAUCUUGAACAGACUCAACAAAUUCUGGAUACGGCAAGAGAGAACCGAGGUCAAGCUAGUUUAUUACAACGAGCAAUUACAGGAAAGAUUGAAAAACGCAUAUUGGAUGAAACACAAGUAUCUUGCAAACAACCAAAAAGGAAGAUCAAAGUUAUUAAUGGGAGUGAAACUGCACAUUAUUCUGAAUCUAAUGAUGUAGAAAAUGAUGAAGAGAUCAGAGAUCUUACGGAGGCCAAAACAACCAUAAGAAAUGAAGGAAACAUAGAUAACGAUACAUCAUUGAGUUCCAAAUCAACCCUCUCCACGUAUAAAGAAGAGGAAACCGAUGGGGAUGAGAUUCAAUUUAAUGAUUCAGACGAUGAUUUCCGAGCCAGAACUCAGGAAUGCUUUAACAAGCGUCCUUUAUCUUCUGAAGAUGAAUUGGAUUCAAACAAGACCAAAACAGAUUCUACGUUUAACGUAUCAUUCGACGAAUACACUACUGUACCAUCUGGUAAUGAUCCCAAAACGCUAUUACCGCCUAAGCAGGGUACUCUUAAACGUCCACUCGAUAUUUAUGAAAUGGACUUGGAUUGGGCACCGUGGAAGUUCGAUGCCAUAAUUAACGAUAUUGACAUAGAACAAAUCCUUCUGGAUUUAUAUAAAAAAUGUCAAAAAAAGAGACCGAAAACGAAAACGUCACUCGAUUGUGGCAUUAUUGACCUCAACGACGGUGUUAUUUUAGAAGCUCUAGGCGAGUCGACAAAGAUGUACUUCGAAGAAAAAAUACAGAGAUAUAAACCUAGAAAAGUCAUAUCUGAAGAUGUUGCAAAGAUCUUGAAAAAAUUUAAUGUAACAUCCUUAGAGGAUCUUGGAAAAGUACUAUCAGAAGUCAAAAUCGACUAUAAGAGUCUGGAUCGUGAUAUUGUUUAUGUGCAUCGCCUCUUUCAAAAAUUUUUUCUACUAUUCCAGGAUAAUGGUUCGUUGAACCUUAAUAGCUUUGAACUACAGGAGGGGUGGUAUAAUAGCCACAUUGUGGCGCCAAUUUUCGACGAUUGUCUCGAAUCGGUUGAUGAAUGGAUUCUCCGACGAGGUGAAGUUGAAAGUUGCGCCCAGAAAUGUCUUGAUCGAAGAACACGGAAAAGAAAAAAAUACGAUGGUAUUCUUUCCUUUAGUCGACAAUUUGAAUUCAUCUACAUAGAAACAGCCACCACGUCCAUACUCUCAAAAACGGAGGGUGAUUUGUCAAAACUACAUCAGGCCAUAAUUCUCAUGUUUAAACUAAUGGUGUCCAUUCUACCAGAAAAACUUUUAGAAGAGAUAUCAUCGAUGCCUGUUCUCUGUGUUCAAUUUAAUGGAGCAAGUAUUGAGAUAUAUCUAGCUAAUUGGCCAAUAAAUAUGCGGCCAAUCGUUUUUUCAAUCAUGGAAUUCGAUAUACCAGAAGAAGUAACAGCAUUGCCUAAACUAACGAAAGUAGCGGCAAAAAUGUUAUCAUUGCGGUCAUUUAUUCUAGAUCUAAAUAAAAAAUAUCAAGUGCUACUAAAGAAAGCGGCCAAUUAUUAUUUAGAUGAAGAUAAUGCCUGGGAUUCGCCACUAAAGUUGAAA